AUGACCGACCCAACAACGUCGCCAGAGGACCACUGGAAAACAGACGGUGCUUUCAGCGACAGCGGCUUUGACCCCAGUUUCUUUGCUGAAACCACCAGAAAGGGUACCGUUGUGUCCAGGGCUAACAGCAUCGGCUCAACAAGUGCCUCUUCAGUACCAAAUACAGACGAUGAAGACAGUGACUACAGGCACGAGACGUCGUAUAAGGACUCGUAUAAAGAUCGGCGGAGACAAGCGCACACACAGGCUGAGCAGAAGCGUAGGGAUGCUAUCAAGAAAGGCUACGAUGACCUCCAGUCAAUAGUACCGACCUGCCAGCAGCAGUCUGAAUUUGCAGUGGGAGCACAGAAGAUCAGCAAGGCUACUAUACUGCAGAAAACAAUCGACUACAUUCAUUUUCUUCAUAAAGAAAAGAAGAAGCAAGAGGAGGAAGUUUCCGUACUAAGGAAAGAAGUGAUGGCUUUGAAGAUCAUGAAAACAAACUAUGAGCACAUAGUGAAGGCCCACCAGAACAACCCACAGCAGGGAGAGGAUCAGGUGUCUGACCAGGUCAAGUUCAACAUCUUUCAGAGCAUCAUGGACACCCUGUUUCAGUCUUUCAGCAAUUCUGUUUCAGUGAGCAGCUUCCAAGAACUGUCAGCCUGUGUUUUCAGUUGGAUUGAAGAGCACUGCAAGCCCCAGACGCUGAGGGAGUUUGUUGUCGGGGUGCUCCGGCAGCUCAAUGGUCAGCUUUAUUGAUCUAAUGAAACCUCUGGAGUGAAUUUCCAGAAAUUGACUUUGGGCUUGCUCUGGCCUCUCAGGGUGGAGUAAAAACUUCAAAUCAGCCUCAGGCCACACCGCAGUAUUUACACUCUCUUCAGCGCAUCAGUGACUGACUCUCUGGCUGCAAUUGGAUUACCUCAACCCACACCAUGGCAGAGAUGAAAAGUUGCAUUGGUUUGAGCAGUAAUAUGUUUAAGAUUACGUUCUCAUUGUAUAAUGGUACAUAAACACAGCAUCUGCUGACUCUUCAUAUUUCUUACUUUUAUUCUGCAAAGAAAUGCAGAGGAAACCGUUUCCUAAUUAAUGUAUGUGUUAAAGGCAUCAGGAAGACAUCAGCUAGUGUAGAAUGAAUCUUGUGCUCACGGUCUUCAGAAACAGGAUCCCCCCCCCCACACCUUAAAAAAAAAGAAAGACAAAUCAACACUGUCACCAGUGUGGUUUCACAGGCAAGAUUGUCACGUAUGGAGUUUGAUAUAACAGCUGCUGUAAACUGUCUAUCUAACAGACGGAAAUAGCGAGAAGAGUGGUGAGGAAACUGGUGAGUCCACACCUUCCUCUGUCACGUCAAGAACAUUACGACCUAAUGCUGAACCGAUGCUUCAGUGCACAAACACUGAGUCGGCCAUAUUAUUCCUGAACUGUUCUUAGCUACUGUACUUUUCAGUGUAAUUGUCUCUUCUCCUGAGUUGCUAUCAGGAGCAUGCUCUACAGAGCUUAUGCUUUUUAUCACUGUGGCUGGAUUACAACACAAUUCUUUUACCCUUGAUGUGACAAGCCAGCAGAGGCUGAAAUUGCUCGUACUGAGUGACAUGUUAGCAUGAGACAGGUGAGCCAUUUAGGCAGCAUAAAGGUUUGAAAUGUACAGUUGUGUGCAAAGAUUUGGGCCCCCUUGACAAAUAACAUUUUGGUGAUUUAAUUUUUAUUUUUUCAUUGAACAGUCAUUAGGAUAUGGAACAUAAGAUACUACUCUCAGCAAACAUUAAUGCAUAUUUUUUCUGUCAAUUUGAUCAAAAAAUAAAAACAUAAUUGUGGCCAUGUGCAAAAGGUGGGCACUCAGAGUGGCAGUCUCAGAUUCUUCUUACAAGGUCUCAGACCUUCAUCAGCUCUUUAAGCCUGAAGCACAUCAACAUUAUCAUUAUGAAAUAUUAGCUGGUGCCAGUUUCAAAGUUUUACAAAUUCUCGGACCUUGUCCAAACGUGUUCCUCUAAGCAGUUGUGAAUAACUCUGAAAAUUGAAGUUAUUGAUGCCCACAAUGCAGGCUAACAGAAGAUAGCAGCGUGUUGUCAGCUCGUAGUCUCCAUAGUAAUUAAGAGAUGGCAGUUUAGGGGAACCUUUUUGUAGCCGACAAGACACUUUUUGUGGCAUAAUGAAACGGUUUAUGUUCCAGGGCUGAGAAAGAUUA